AUGGAUUUGGAUAUAGAAAAAAUUCAUAACAUUUUAAUUGAAGCUAAUCUUCCAUCAAGCAUAAACGAACUAAAAAAUCCAACGGAAGAAUUUAUUGUCAAUUUAAUUAACACAUUUCUAAAAAGAUUUCAUAUAGAUGUUAAUGCUAUUGAUAAACCAACAAUGGAACAACAAGAUAUAAUGUCAUACAGUGAAGAUUCUACUAUAAUUGGACUUAUAAAUUUACAUGUUGCUAUGGUUCAAAUAUGCGACCGAAUAUAUUUAAAAGAUCUAUGUAUUACAGAUAUCACUAGUCCAGGAUCAAAGAAAGUACGUAAACAAGCAAAGUUCCUUGCUAAUUUUAUUUUAUAUGCAACUAACAAAGAAUCAGAUAUAGAAGAUAAGAUUAGUGAAAUUCAAAACCGAGCAAAAAUCUUAAAUGAUAUUUUGGAAAAGAAAAAUGAAACUUUAAAAGCUAGAAAUGAUAAGGCAUUGCAUGUAGCAAAACAGUUAUCAUCAAAAGAAAAGUAUAUUGCUGAAAUCCAAAUAUUGCAAACCAGAAUUGAAAAAAAUAAUAAAAAGUAUGUUGACAUAAUGUCCAGAAUGACAGCAGCAGAAGAAAAGAAACAACAAGCUGUGGAACUUUAUGGAACUUAUAAAACACAAGCAUUAAAGUUAAGUAAAACGAUAGGAGAAUUACAGUUAGAAAUUGUAAAAACUCCUGAAGAAUAUCAAAUGCGUUUAAGUGAAUUAGAGCAACAACAAAGUGCUAAAGUUAAGGAACGAGAGACAAUGCAAGAAGCUUUUCAGGAUAAGAAGUAUUUAAUUGAACAGCAAAAAAAUAUAUUGACUUUUAUUCAAGAACAGCUGGUGAAAUUUACCGAAAUUCGAGAUAUACAUGAUCAGUUGAAAAAAAUAAAAGUACAAGAGGAUAACCUAAGGAAGCAAGUUGAUACUCUUAAAGCAGAUAUUGUAGAACUUGAAAAAAAAUUAGAAAUUCAAAAAAAUCGGCAUAAAGAAGAUGAAAUAAAUGAAGUUCAUGCACAAUGUGAAGAACGUCUUUCUUCUUUACGUAAUUUAAGUGCCAAACUAUUAAGUAAUAAAAAAUCAUGCAAAGAAAAGUUGGAAGAAAUGCAAAUUCAAUACAAUGAAGAUUGUUUAAAACUAAACAAAAUGCAAAGCAUGACAAAGAAAUUGGAAGAAGAAAUUAUAGGACUUCUUAGAACUUACCAAGAUUUGUAUAACAAUGAAAUUUCAUCUGAAGAAACUUUAUGGAAACCCUGGGUAAUUGAAUAG